CUUGAAAGGUUGGCGCCACAUCCCCUCGUCCUUUCUACAAGUCUAUAACUACAGUCUACAAACAUUUACGCACACAAACAUACAAACUCUCACUUAAUUGUGAGACUUUGUGCGUGUAAGUGUUUAUAGUUGCCGAAAAAUUGUUUUUCUAGUUCUCUGAGUCAGCUGAAUCUUGCACACCACGUUAUCCGACGGCCACCGAAUCCCUUCGGACUCUCUCUCCUCUUUUGUCAAACAACUUUUAACUCUCUCUGGUGACCACAAAAAAAGAGGAACUAUCUUUACAUGACCUCCAUAUACAAAUAUCUAGUACACUACACGCAUGACCACCCACAAAAUCGUUCACUCACUCCAUCAGAUCGUUAUUUUAUUCUAAAACCCAUUGCCACUUUUGACUUAACAAUUUUCUCUCCCACAAGCAAAACACUCCACAAAGAUGGAGUUUUUGAGAUCAACGAAGAUGCGUAUGUCGUUCUUUCACUCUCACUCAUAUUCAUCACUCAUGUACACUCCCAGUAGUUUCCUCCUCCAACCCAUUUUCCUCCGUGGGUUUUCUGGUUCAUUGCACCUGGUUUUGGUGCUUUUUCUCUCCGUCACAUGGGUAUGUAGGAAAAUCAUGAGAAUGAAUACUCCCAGUGAAGGGCCAAGACAGAGUAAUAAUACGAGCGCAAGAUUUUCCUACUACAAUCAAGCUCUGUUUUGUUGUUUGGGUCUUUCCCUUUUUAACCUCGCUAUGUGGUUAUUAAAUUACUUUUCUUGGUAUAGAAAUGGUUGGUCUGAUGAAAAGAUUGUAACCCUUUCGGAUUUUGGACUCAGAACACUUGCUUGGUUAGCAAUCUCUGUUUAUUUGCGCAUCCAUUUCAAGAAUUCAGGUGGGCCAAGGUUCCCAAUUUUAUUGAGAGUCUGGUGGGGAUUUUACUUCUCCAUGUCUUGUUGUUUCCUUGUGGUAGACUUCCUUUAUAAUAAAAAUCAUCAAUCUCUACCAACUCAGUUAUUUGUGUCUGAUAUCAUCUCCACUGUUAUGGGCUUUUUCUUCUGUUUGCUGGGGUUUCUGGGGAAGAAGGAAACUCAAGAUAGUCUUCUUCGUGAACCCCUUUUGAAUGGUACUAGUACAAGUAAUGGUGCAGAAUCAAAUAAGUCUGGUGGGCGUGAAAUUGUCGCCCCCUUUUCCUAUGCUAGUCUUCUUAGCAUCCUUAGUUUCUCUUGGAUGGGACCUUUGAUUGGCGCCGGUCAUAAGAAAGCACUAGACCUUAACGAUAUUCCUCAACUAGCCAGUAUUGACAGUGUCAAGGGGGCUUUUCCAGUUUUUAGAAGUAAGCUAGAGUCUGAUAUUGGAAGCAGAAUAACCACAUUUAAGCUUGUGAAGGCACUGAUCUUCGCGAUAAAAUGGGAAAUUCUAUUAACAGCUUUCUUAGCGCUAAUAUACUCACUAGCGUCUUAUGUUGGCCCCUACCUCAUUGAUUCCUUUGUUCAAUACCUUAACGGAAAUCGAGCCUUUGAAAACCAAGGGUACAUUUUGGUAUCCGCAUUCUUCUUUGCGAAGCUCACUGAGUGCUUGGUUCAGAGGCACUGGUUCUUUAGGCUGCAACAAGCCGGAAUUAGGGCUAGGGCAGUUUUGGUUGCCAUGAUUUACAAUAAAGGCUUAAGCAUUUCAUGCCAAUCAAAGCAGGGUCAAACGAGCGGGGAAAUCAUUAAUUUGAUGUCUGUUGAUGCCCAGAGGGUCUCGGACUUUGGUUGGUACAUCCACGAUCCAUGGCUGACCAUAGUCCAAGUUGUCCUGGCCUUGGUGAUCUUGUACAAGAAUCUUGGGCUUGCUUCCAUUGCUGCAUUAGUCACUACUGUGGCAGUGAUGUUGGCAAAUGUUCCCCUUGGGAGCUUGCAAGAGAAGUUUCAGGAAAAGAUAAUGAAAUCAAAGGAUAAAAGGAUGAAGGCAACGUCUGAAAUCUUGAGGAACAUGAGGAUCCUCAAGCUUCAGGCGUGGGAGCUGAAGUUUUUGUCAAAAGUUACAGAACUUAGGAACACCGAAAUGGGAUGGUUGAAAAAAUUCGGUUACACUUUUUCUUUGACCAUGUUUCUCUUCUGGGGAGCACCUUCAUUUGUGUCCAUGGCCACUUUUGGCACCUGUAUGCUUCUAGGAAUCCCCCUCGAGUCUGGGAAGAUUUUAUCUGCCCUAGCAACAUUUACGAUACUUCAACAGCCUAUCUAUAAUCUUCCUGACACAAUCUCAAUGAUAGCUCAAACAAAAGUUUCCCUUGAUCGAAUAGCCUCAUUUCUCCGUCUUGACGACUUACCAAGUGAUGUUAUAGAGAAGCUUCCAAUAGGUAGCUCUGACACUGUAAUUGAGGUAGUUGAUGGGAAUUUCUCUUGGGAUGUCUCUUCCUCUAAUCCAACUUUGAAAGAAAUAAACAUCAGUGUGUCUCGUGGUAUGAGGGUUGCUGUUUGUGGCACCGUUGGAUCAGGAAAGUCGAGCUUACUCUCCUGUAUCUUGGGAGAAGUGCCCAAAAUGUCAGGGACUAUUAAGCUUUGCGGAACAAAGGCGUAUGUUGCUCAGUCGCCCUGGAUACAGAGUGGAAAGAUUGAAGAGAAUAUACUGUUUGGAGAGGAGAUGGACCGUGAAAGGUAUGACCAAGUACUUGAAGCAUGUUCUUUGAUGAAAGACCUGGAAAUUCUCCCCUUUGGUGAUCAGACAGGCAUAGGUGAGAGGGGAAUCAAUUUGAGUGGGGGCCAGAAGCAAAGAAUACAGAUUGCACGCGCUUUAUACCAAGGUGCAGAUAUGUACCUAUUCGACGACCCAUUUAGUGCUGUUGAUGCCCAUACAGGAAGCCAUCUCUUUAAGGAAUGCGUAUUGGGCCUUUUGGGUUCAAAAACCGUCAUUUAUGUUACUCAUCAAGUGGAGUUCUUACCUGCUGCAGAUCUCAUUUUGGUCAUGAAAGAUGGAAGGAUUACUCAAGUUGGGAAAUACAAUGACAUCCUCAAUUCAGGGACCGACUUUAUGGAGCUUGUGGGUGCGCAUAAGGAAGCUUUAUCAGCACUAGACUCCACUGUGGCAGGCUCAGUAUCAGAAAAUUCAACCAUCGAUGAGGAGAAUGGUAGCAUGUGUGGUGUUCAGAAGUCUGUGAAGAAAGAGGAAGCUGCAAAUGGCCAAAAUGGUGAAACAGACGAUAUAGUUGGACAAAAAGGACAGCUUGUUCAAGAAGAAGAAAGGGAGAAAGGAAGAGUUGGUCUUUCGGUCUACUGGAAAUAUAUAACAACAGCGUACGGGGGAGCUCUUGUGCCUUUCUUAUUGUUGUCACAAGUUUUAUUUCAGCUAUUUCAAAUAGGAAGCAACUAUUGGAUAGCUUGGGCUACUCCAGUGUCAAAGGAUGCGAAACCUCCAGUCGAGGGCUCCAUUCUCAUAAUCGUCUAUGUGGCUCUUGUAAUUGGAAGUUCUUUCUGCACUCUUUCUAGAAACUUGAUUCAGAUAACUGCUGGGUACAAGACUGCCACUAUACUCUUCAAUAAAAUGCAUUUGUGCAUUUUCCGUGCUCCCAUGUCAUUUUUUGAUUCCACCCCAAGUGGACGAACCUUAAAUAGGGCAUCUACGGACCAAAGUGCAGUGGAUUUCAUCAUUCCAAAUACCGUUGGGGGGUUUGCAUUCACAAUGAUACAGCUACUUGGAACUGUUGCAAUAAUGUCACAGGUUGCAUGGCAGGUCUUCAUCGUAUUUAUUCCCGUGAUUGCCACCUGCAUUUGGUUACAGCAAUAUUACAUACCAUCUGCACGAGAACUAGCACGUCUAGGUGGUGUAUGCGAAGCUCCAGUUAUACAACAUUUUGCUGAAACCAUAUCAGGAUGCACUACCAUUAGGAGCUUUGGUCAGGAAUCACGAUUCAAAGAAUUGAGUAUGAAAUUGAUAGACGGGCAUUCUCGGCCAAAUUUUUACACUGCUGGUGCGAUGGAGUGGCUUUCCAUCCGCUUGAAUUUCUUAACAUCUCUUACAUUUGCCUUCUUUUUGGUUUUCUUGAUCUCCAUUCCAACGGGAACCAUUAAUCCGAGUAUUGCGGGGUUAGCAGUUACAUACGGGCUUAGUCUGAACAUCUUGCAGGCGAGGGUUAUUCGGAAUCUUUGCAAUAUGGAGAAUCAAAUCAUAUCAGUUGAAAGAAUACUUCAAUACACUGCUAUCCCAAGCGAACCUCCUCUUGUUAUAGAAGAAAAUAGACCAGAUGGUCACUGGCCAGCUCGUGGAGAAGUUGUUAUCCAAGAUCUGCAGGUCAGAUACGCCCCACACAUGCCACUCGUGUUGCGAGGCCUUACGUGCACUUUCCGUGGAGGAAUGAGGACAGGAAUCGUAGGGAGGACGGGCAGUGGUAAAUCAACCCUAAUACAGACACUCUUCCGCGUUGUUGAGCCCGCUGCUGGUCAAAUUCAAAUAGAUGGUAUCAACAUUUCCUCGAUUGGGCUCCAUGAUUUACGAUCUAGAUUAAGCAUCAUUCCUCAAGAUCCAACCAUGUUUGAGGGGACGGUGCGAAGCAACUUGGACCCACUUGAAGAGUACCCUGAUGAACUCAUUUGGGAGGCUCUUGAUAAGUGCCAACUUGGAGAUGAAGUCAGGAAGAAGGAAGGCAAGCUUGAUUCAGCAGUUACAGAGAAUGGGGAGAAUUGGAGUAUGGGUCAGAGGCAGCUGGUUUGCCUCGGGCGGGUGCUACUCAAGAAAAGCAAGGUCUUGGUGCUUGACGAAGCCACAGCAUCAGUGGAUACAGCCACUGACAAUCUUAUACAGCUGACGCUUAAGCAACAUUUCUCCGAUUGUACAGUGUUAACCAUUGCGCACAGGAUUACGACUGUCGUUGAUAGCGACAUGGUUUUGCUGUUGGAUCAUGGACUUAUCGAGGAACAUGAUUCUCCCACAAAGUUGCUUGAGAAUAAAUCUUCUUCAUUUUCAAAGCUCGUCGCAGAGUACAGUACAAGGUCGAGUUCUAGUUCUAGUCCUCAGAAGUAGGCAUAUAAUUGAAUGUCCUCAUAUCUUGGACAACGACGAAAAAUAUGGCAGUACAUUUUUCAGUUAGGAUUGAACAUCCUUUUGAUUUAAUGUUGCUGUUCUAUUAUUACACAAAAUGGCUGUCUUCGGUCGGUUUAUAGUCCAAGGCAAUAUCUACUACAGUACUCUCAGUUGAACCUAACUUCAGCUCCAUUUGUUUGUAACUUUUUUCGUUUU